AGCGAGGGGGAUCCGCCCCCCUCCCUCACCAGCAUCAGCACAGGCACCAGGCUGGGAACCUCACCGCCGGGGCUGAGGCAGCCAGCAGGGCAGGUCCUGAAGGUGCUGAAACCUCAGCGGGAAGUCUGUGGGCGAGGACCACACCUCCCGCUCCAUCCCCGCGACUGCCUGUACUGGCCAAAACCAGGAGCACACCAAGCUGCCAACUUCUGGACUUGAAGCACUGCACAGAAUCCAGCCCAAAGAGGCCCCCAACCAGACACCCAACUCCAAGGCACCUCCCACCUGCCCAGGGCACAAAUUGUCAACGGUCCCAGCUACAAUGCAGGCCGCUGGGCUCCCAGAGCCCCUUGACAGCAGGGGCUCCUUCUCUCUCCCCAUGGUGGGUGCCAACAUCUCUCAGGACAAUGGCACCGGCCACAAUGCCACCUUCUCAGAGCCGCUGCCGUUCCUCUAUGUGCUCCUGCCCGCCGUGUACUCUGGGAUUUGUGCCGUGGGACUGACUGGCAACACGGCCGUCAUCCUUGUAAUCCUGAGGGCGCCCAAGAUGAAGACAGUGACCAACGUGUUCAUCCUGAACCUGGCCAUCGCUGAUGGGCUCUUCACACUGGUACUGCCUGUCAACAUCGCAGAGCACCUGCUGCAGCACUGGCCCUUUGGGGAGCUGCUCUGCAAGCUGGUGCUGGCCAUCGACCACUACAACAUCUUCUCCAGCAUCUACUUCCUAGCCGUGAUGAGCGUGGACCGAUACCUGGUGGUGCUGGCCACUGUGCGGUCCCACCACAUGCCCUGGCGCACCUACCGGGGGGCAAAGGUCACCAGCCUGUGUGUCUGGCUGGGUGUCACGGUUCUGGUUCUGCCCUUCUUCUCUUUUGCUGGCGUCUACAGCAAUGAGCUGCAGGUCCCAAGCUGUGGGCUGAGCUUCCCGCGGCCCGAGCGGGUCUGGUUCAAGGCCAGCCGUGUCUACACGUUGGUCCUGGGCUUCGUGGUACCUGUGUGCACCAUCUGUGUGCUCUACACAGACCUCCUGCGCAGGCUGCGGGCCGUGCGGCUCUGCUCUGGCGCCAAGGCUCUAGGCAAGGCCAGGCGGAAGGUGACCAUCCUGGUCCUCGUCGUGCUGGCCGUGUGCCUCCUCUGCUGGACGCCCUUCCACCUGGCCUCUGUCGUGGCGCUGACCACAGACCUGCCCCAGACCCCACUGGUCAUCAGCAUGUCCUACGUCAUCACCAGCCUCAGCUACGCCAACUCGUGCCUGAACCCCUUCCUCUACGCCUUUCUAGACGACAACUUCCGGAAGAAUUUCCGUACCAUGUUCAGGUGCUGAGGGGCCUGAGCACCCACCAUCACCCCCACCACCACCCAGUUCGGGUUGUCUCUUUCAGGGGGUGCCCAUCCUGUUCACAUCCCAGUGCUGUCUUCUCCACACAGUGAGACACAGACCCUCAAACACUGGCCACCAGACCUACAGAGACAGCUGUGGGCAUAUACCUUCCAUGUCUCUGCUUCCUGGACAGCCCCUGGGUGGACAGCAGCAGGGAGCCAGGUCCUGGCAGAAGGCCCCAACACAGCAAGCAUCCUGAGUCCACUUACCCACGAGAGACAGACAGAUGGACAAGCCCCUCGGAAGGCUCUGGGCCUCAGGAUCCCUAAUGACAGUGAUCGGGAGGGAAGGGACCCGAACUAUGGUCUUGACCUGGGCCAGCGCCACGUUGCACAGUCUCUCCCCAAGACAGGGUUGGGAAGUGGCAAGUGCGGGCGCCUCAGACAGCAGCAAUGCUGUGUGGCUGCAAAGGCCAAGGACACCUGCACCAAAUGAGACCAUGGAGUCCACUCUCAUGGCCUGAAACCCCAGUGACAUUCCAGCAGGAGGCCCAUCCCCGCUGUGCCCGCAUGCCAUGGCCUGUGCUCCUCUGUACCCCCCAUGCUGUGGCCGAUGGUCCUCUCAUAUUUUGCUAGAGGGUACAGGGCCCUUUUGCCAGGACCUCUGGGCCACCACAGCCUAGGGACCAUCCGUCACUUGGACAGGCUGGCACCUGGAACUCUUUCUCCGUUGGUGUGGCCAGGGGCUUGUAAUCAGCCAGCAGGAGCUGCUGAAACUCUGGUGGGGGCAGGGUGAGGGUGGUAAUGAAGUGCAGGCAGCUGUCAGGUGGGAGGGGCCGGGGGCUGGUCCCAGGUGUGCUGUGGCCAGGCCCUGACUCUUGGCCCCAUGGCUCUCAGCUGGUUCCAUGCCUGGCAUUCCAGCCUGGCAGUGAGGUGUGAGUGCUCUGGGUUGGUUUCAGUCCUCAUGACCCAGAGCUCUGAUCAAUCUGUCCAGCGGGCACACAGGACCCACCAUUCACCAGCCCACGAGGCAUCUCACGGUGUACGCCCACCUCCACCCAUCCACCAAGUACUCCAGCUCUCCAGGCCACGAGGGCCCUGCCUGUUGAGCCCCCUCAGCUCAGGCCUGCAUCAGUGCCCCUCCUCCGUGCUAGCCAGCCAAACACGCCAGGGCUGUCUCCAUCCACUUAUCCUCCCUGACAACAUUGUAUUAGUUAUCUGUUGCUGCAUAACAAAUGUCUCCAAAACUCA